UUGAAUAAAAGAGUAGCUGAACUGUUGGUCAUCAUCAGUCAGCAGCCAACGUGCUAGGAAAAGAAAAAGUGUGUUUGUGUUUCUUUUCCCCUUUCAACAGUUAGUGCAUAUACAUUGGUUUCUCCUUCAUAUCACGACUAAUUUUUUUUAGCGUGAUAAAAUUGAGGUAUUAAAUAAAUUAGUUUUAUUUUUCAAGUCCUUUAUCUGGAAGCUGUGAUAGUUAAACUUUCUAAGUGCCAACUUUUUUAACCGUGUACUCUCAUUGGAAGGUACAAAAUAAUAAAACGUAAAAUCAUAGCAAAAAAAAAAGUCUUUAUCGCGUUGUAGUCUAUCAGAUUAUGUUGUUUCAGUUGUGUAUUUCUUUAUUGUGAAAGCGAAAAACUUUUUUUUUUUUAAGAUGUCCAGGUCAACAAAUUAUCGAAAAGAUAAAGCAGAGGCCGCCAGAUUGUUCGCGGCAUUUGGAAUCUCCUCAUCGGAACAGCAGCAGCUGACGACAAGCAGUAGCCGUGAUAAUGUUCAAACGGAAAAUAACACAGAGCCGCCGAUGGAAGCUCUUGGAAGAGAAGAUGAAAUUGCUGUAGAAGACGACGAAAGUGAUUCAAUAGCAGCUGUCGAAAAAGAUGAAUAUGAGGAUGUUAAUCGUUUUGAAUCCGAUGAUGAAAAUUCGUUGUCGGAUGAUGAAGAAGCACCAUUGGUGGAUGAUGAAGAAAUCUUCGUCGAUAUAAAAGUUAAAUUAGCCCAAUGGUCAACUGACAACCACAUAAGUGAUAAUGCUAUGGAUGAUCUUCUAUCCUAUUUGAAAAAACAUCACUUUCCUCAUCUUCCCAAAACUAACAAAACUCUGAAAGCCGAUGCAAAACUAUGUGAUAUGCCGAUAACGAGGAUGGGAGAAGGAGAGUUUUGCUAUUUGGGCUUAAAGCGCGCAGUGGAACAAAUCAUGAUAAAAAAUAAUGUAAAACCUAACUGUGAAAUCCACUAUCGUUUUCAAUUUGGAAUAGAUGGACUACCAUUGACGAAAAGCUCAAAGAGUAGCUUCUGGCCUAUACUCGUGAAAAUAAUCGGGUUUCGAGAUGUUCUUCCCGUGGCUGUAUUCUGCGGUACUAGUAAGCCCAGCAGCAUCCAUGAAUAUAUGCACGAGUUUGUUGAGGAAUUGGAUCACGUAUUGAAGGUCGGAAUGGAAAUUAACAAUCUGCGAGUGAUGUUUUCAGUAGAUGCAUUUAUCAUGGACGCUCCAGCAAAGGCAUUUGUAAUGGAUAUUAAAGCACAUAAUGGGCUGUAUGGUUGUCCGAAAUGCACAACACGUGGGCGCAGCAUUGGGCACAGAACAGUGUUCCCCAAUAUCGGUUUUGAAUUGAGGACUGACGAUUCAUUUUUAAAUUUGUCGGACCCCCAUCAUCUGUCAGAUCGAUUACCUCCGUUGGCAACGAUAGGAAUUGGGUGUGUUUCCUGUGUACCAAUCGACUACAUGCACAAUGUAUGUUUGGGCGGCAUGAAAUCUCUUCUGAAGUUGUGGGUGGAAACUUCAGGUAAGAGUUAUAGUUUGACACCGGCUCAGAAAUGUAUCAUCGAUUCGCGCAUCGAAGCUGUAAAACGCCAAGUAUGCAGCGAUUUUUCUCGGACUCCACGACCUCUGACUGAUUUGAAGUGGUUCAAGGCAACAGAACUACGAUUAUUAUUGUUGUAUUUGGGACCGUUUAUAUUUUUAAACGUGAUGAGCGAUGCGUAUUAUAAUCAUUUCUUAAAACUUCAUGCAGCCAUUCGCAUAUUAUGUCAUCCUGUUAAGUAUCAAACGGAAAAUGAUAAAGCGAAGAAUUUACUAGAAGCUUUCGGCCAUGAGUUCAUGACGUUGUAUGGAGAACAUCUGUUUGUUUAUAAUUUUCACUUGCUCACACAUCUGCCCGAUGAUUGUCUCCUACACGGCUGUUUGGACUCGUUUUCUGCCUUUCCGUUUGAAAAUUAUAUGCAAACUUUGUUACGCUAUGUAAAAAAAUCAUCAUAUCCCUUACAACAGUUUAGAAAUAGAUUUGGUGAGCACUUGAAGUAUGACGUUACGAAAAAAGCAUUGCUACGGCAACGAGGGUCAUCCUACUCUGUGAUCACAAACAGACAGAAUACUAUAAUUUCGAUAGAUGGAAGAGAUAACUUCAUAUGUAAAGAUAAUCAAAUUUUCAAAGUGCAAAACAUCAAACGAGUAGGUAAACAUAUGAUUCUCGACUGUAAUGCUGUAAUGGAAUUGAACUCUCUAUACGUUGAACCUAUGGAAUCAAUUGCCAAUGGAGUUUACUAUUGUCGCGAUGAGCUUAUAUUUUGUGAUGUAAUGAUGUCAAUUGACGCAAAUGAGGUGACCAAAGUACAACGCAUAGUGCUCGAUGAAAUAACAGGUUUUAUAGAAGUAUUACAUACUGGUGUUUAAAAAUGAUUUCGUUUGGUAUAAAUGGCUAUGUAGUAUUAAAUAUUAGAAAAAAUAUAA